AAUGAAAUUUCAUUGCCUACAAUGGAUAUUUGUUCUAUAUGUUAUGAAGACUAUCAAGCCAAAUAUUUAGUUGCUGAACAUCAAUGUCAAGGGAGGCAUACUUUUCAUUAACAUUGUGUUUUUAAAAUGGCUAAAAAUGCCAAUGAACAAAGCCAAGGUUUGCCCAUCUUGUAAAUAAUUACCAGAUUCUAUUCAUAAAUAUGUUUGUUAAUAUAGUAUUUGA